AUUCACAUUUAUGCUGUUCUACAGUUCCUUCGAAUAUUUUUUGCGAAAGUGAUAAUUCUUCACUAUAAUAAAUUAAUGCAAACUUUAUUCUUAAAAUUAUUUUUAUCAAACUUGUGUUUAACAUCAUUAUCAUGUACAUUUAAAAACAAUGUCAUAAAGAGUGAUUCAAGAAAGUGCUGAAUUAAAGCGAUGUACUAGUGAAAUAUACGCAUAAAAUUGAAAUUGUGGACUUUCGAAUCUUAUAAAGUGCGCAGUUAACGCAGGGGCCGUGUGGAUUUUUAACAAAUUUGUAAAAAGGACGAUGGACGACAUUAAUACUCUCAUGGAUAACGAUAAUUGUCCUAAACAAUUGAAAUUUGGCAUGGAUCGCAUACUAUCAAAUGAAAUUUGCCCAAGAAAAACAGAUAUUCUUAAACCACUUCCAAUACAACCUCCAAUACAACCAAUACGGUGUCCUUGCAUCGAUAGUUACGAGCGAUGCGAAAAUAUCAGAACAUGCAUUUCAUUUCCGCAUGCUCAUUCGUCAUUAUCUGAGAACAUCACAUCUGCAUCUUAUACCGGGUUAAUGGAGAAUUUAGGAACUUUAUAUCGGCCGGCACCGUUACGUCCUGUACCUAGAGCACUUAUUUCAUCUUCCUCAACGGUAAAUUCUUCAGAAACAAACACACGAAGAAAGAGAUCGUGGUCCAGAGCUGUCUUUAGUUCUCUACAGCGGAAAGGUUUAGAAAGAAGAUUUUCCCUACAAAAGUACAUUACGAAACCAGACAGGAGACAAUUGGCAGCGACUUUAGGUCUAACCGAUGCACAGGUGAAAGUUUGGUUUCAAAAUCGACGAAUGAAGUGGCGGCACACAAGAGAAAGCGAAAACGCUGCGUUAGCCGGUCCAGAUUCUACGCAGAAAGAUUUUCCGCAAAAAUUAGUUAAAUCUAUCACUAGUGAUACGACGCAACAAGACGAAGAAGAUAUAGAAAUCGAUUAAAUUCUUAGAUUUAUGAAAUGUUUACAAUAAUUUUCACCUUAAAAUAAAAUUAUAUUUGUAAACGUUUAUCAAAAAAAUUAUAUUACGAGAUGAUUAUAUAUUAUAUAACAUAUAAUGAAUAAAAAUGAUAUCAAUAUGCAUAUACAUAAAUGCAUUAUUAAUAUGUGCAAUUAUGUAUUAUAUAUAAUUUCUGUUAGAAGAGAAAAUAAUGCAAUAUAUUUUACCUUAAACAUAAAUAAUAAUAAGUUGUUUAUUACAAAAGUGUUAUAAGAGUAAUUUACGAUAUAAUCAAAUUGUAUUUAUAUAAAUAGAUUGUUAUUAAACUAUAAUUAACAAAA